AUGGAUCCCCAGCCUCCUCCUGUGGAGGGAGGAGGCUGCCGCUGUGGGCUCUGCGAGCGCAGUGGGAAGCUCUCUGAGAUUUUCCACAACCGGUUGAACAGGGAGAACCGGUUGCAGACCUACGCGGACGUGCACAAGGUCUACGUUGCGGUCCUAGAGCGGGCGGAAACCAAGGUCGAGCCUGAGGAGGCCGAGGACAAGAACGAGGAGGAGAGAGGCCUGCGUUGGGCGCACCUGGACGAGUUGGCGGAUGGAGCAAGGCGAAAGGUAAAGAAGAAGGCUCGCAAGGUAGCCCGUCGGAGCCGCAACAAGAAGCGGGGGGCGCAGCUCAUCGGGAAGUGGCGGGUCAUCGAGCUCGAGCGAGGAGAGUGCAGAGGUUUCCAGUCAAACGCUGACGUCAAGGCAACGAAUGACCCGGCGCAUAGCGAGCCAAGCGAGGAUGCUUACGAGAAGUGGGUAUCUAAGAUGCGAGGAGAAGAAGAAGGUGACGAACUCGUCAUGCUGGCUCUAUCACGGCUUUGCGGUGUGGCAGUCCAGCCUGUUCAAAAGAGCGGGUAUCGAGUGCCUUUGAUGGAUCCCUGUGGCGAAAGUGAAAGCCCGACUGGAUGGAUAAGCUACUGGGGCAACGAUGACCGGCAUUGGGUGUGGCUCAGGUUGCGCGGAGGAUGA